AUGGGAGAUCCCCGUGGAAGAAAAGGUAUCUAUGAGACUUCAAUUCUUUGGUUCCAUUCAUUAUGCAUAUUGCGCUCUAUGAGAAGUCCUAAAAAUGUUAAAGGUUUCAUUGCAUUAGAUAAUAACAUUUCGCCCUUUCCAGAACGACAUUCAGUUCUUCUGUUAUCACCAAAAACCCAAUCAAAAUUAGUCGAUUCUGGUGAAGACGAGGAGCCAGUGAUAGUGGUGACCUACAGGGGUGAAGAGAAGCAAUUCAAGUUCAAUUCGCGUGAAUUUCAUCUCAAAACCAGUCGUCGACUCGAUCGUCAUCUGGGAUUCCAUCAAUUCGCGCCUACAAUCAGAGAGACAGUUUUCAAUCAUUUGAUUGCAAACGGGAUCAAGCCUGGCACUGAAGGAUGGCAUUGUUAUGAAAAGGGCUUGUCAUCAACAUCAAAUACCGAGAGGGAUGUUGAAGACAUGCAUGAUGAUAUUGAACGUCUUAUAUAUGAUGUUCAUAGAGAUGUGGCAGAAAGGUAUGAAGGGGUUGGAGAUGAGCCCAAUGAUGAGGCUAAGAAGUUUUAUAAGUUAGUUGAAGAUGGAAAACAAGAGCUAUAUCCCGGGUGCAAAAAAAAUUCAAAGCUAUCAUUUCUUAUUCGCUUUUACCUUUUGAAGUGUACUCAUGGCUUAACUAAUAUAGAAAUUUCAGAUUUUUUGGAGCUUUUUCGAGAAGUGUUACCAGAUGCGUCCAAUUUGCCUAACUCUUUUAAUGAGGCAAGGAGAUUGAUAAAAGAUCUAGGUCUUCAUUAUGACAAGAUUGAUGCAUGUCGUAAUGAUUAUAUGCUAUAUUGGAAGGAGCACGAAGCUGCCACGUCUUGCCAUGUUUGUCAUGCUCCAAGGUGGAAAGAAACACAGACCGAAAACCAAGAAGAUAUUAGCAAUCAACCAUCUAAGAAAGUGCAUCAAGUCCCCGCAAAAGUUCUUUGGCAUUUUCCUCUUAAACCAAGGCUUCAAAGGUUGUACAUGUGUUCAGAAACAGCAGAGCUAAUGAGGUGGCAUGAUGAAGAAAGAAAGAAAGAUGAGUUAUUGAGGCAUCCUGCUGACGGUGAGGCGUGGAAAGAGUUUGACCAAAAGUAUCCAGAGUUUGCUAAUGAAACACGUAAUGUUCAUUUAGGGCUUGCAAGUGACGGAUUCAAUCCAUUUCGAACUAUGAGCACACAACAUAGUACAUGGCCUGUUGUUCUAAUUAAUUACAACUUACCACCAUGGCUGUGUAUGAAGCCAGAAUUCUUAAUGUUAUCUCUCCUUAUUCCCGGGCCCACCUCUCCUGGAAAUGACAUUGAUGUCUUCCUUCAACCAUUGAUUCAAGAACUUAAAGAUCUGUGGGAGUAUGGGUUGGACACCUAUGAUGCGGAGAAGCGUCAAACAUUUAAGAUGCAUGCAGCUUUACAAUCAACGACCAGCGACUUUCCAGGUUAUGCUAUGUUAUCUGGUUGGAUCACCAAAGGGAAGUAUGCAUGCCCUUAUUGUCACUACGAGACUGAUCAUCAUCACUUGAGUAAUAGUAACAAAUCCUGUUACUGGGCUCAUCGUCGAUGGUUAGAUGAAAAUCAUCCUUGGCGGCAUGAUAUGAAGUCUUUUAAUGGGGAAAAGGAAGAGAGGACAUCUCCAGAUCCUUUAACAGGGGAUCAAAUUUCAAGCUUGUUGGAAAACUGGGAAAACAAGUUUGAAAAAUUACAACCAAAGAAGAAAUAUGUAGAUUGUCCAUGGAGAAAGUCCUCCGUCUUCUACACUUUGCCUUAUUGGAAAGAUUGUGGUUGUCGUCAUCAUUUGGAUGUCAUGCACAUCGAAAAGAACGUUUGUGAUAAUGUGCUCGGAACUUUGUUAGACAUACCUAGAAAGUCAAAAGAUCAUCAUAAGGCUCGAUUAGAUUUGCAAGAAUUGGGUAUAAGGCAAGAACUACAUCCUGUAGAUGCAGGUGACAAGCAAUAUGUUUUGUUGCCCAAAGCAUCAUUCUCAAUGACGAAAGAAGAGAAAAGCAUAUUUUGUAGUGUUUUGAAGAAGGCAAAGCUGCCCCAAGGUUGUGCAUAA